GCUGAUCGGGUUGGCGACGCCGUGGAUUGCUGUAAUAGAAUGAUUGAGAGCAAUGUGAUGCCCUCCCUUCAGUACUUAAAUGGUCUUUUGCAUGCAUUGCUUAGGAGGCGCAGGAUUGGGGCGGUGCGGGAAUUGUAUGAUGCCAUGGUCGCAAAAGGCGAAAGAGGUGAUGUCUUUACGUUGCACGUGGUGAUGCGAGCGUGUAUGAAGGAAGGGAAGCCUGAGGAGGCUGGAGAGUACUUUAGACAGGCCAAGGAUCGAGGGGUGGAACUGGACGAUGCAGCUUAUACUGUUGCGGUCCAGGCUAGGUGUCUAGAGCUGAAUUCAGAUUUGGCGUGUGAGUUGAUGGAUGAGAUGAAAGAAAAGGGAUUGGUCCCUUCGAACUUUACAUUUACUCGUGUGAUCACUGCUUGUGUGAAGCAGGGUUAUACGCAAGAGGCUCUGAGGGUUAAGGAUGAGAUGCUAAAGAGAGGGUAUGAGAUGAAUUUGGUGGCGGCAACAAGUUUGAUUAGGGGAUAUUGUAUGUCAGGUGAUCUAGAUUCUGCCCUGAAUUUGUUCGAAAGUAUUUGCAAGGAUGGUCUUGUCCCAAACAAGCUGACCUACACUGCUUUGAUUAGCGGAUGCUGUUGGAAUGGGAAUGUCAAAAAGGCAUCUGAGGUGUUCUCCCAAAUGAAACUUGCUGGUGUACAACCUAGUGACUCCAAUUUUAAUCAUUUGAUUAGGGGAUAUUUAAAAGCUCAGUCAUGGGAAGAGGCUCGUAAAAUAUUUGAGGAAGCUGUUGAGUGUGGAGCUGCUAACACCAUAACCUAUAAUCAUCUUCUGUCCUGGCUCUGCACUCAGGGUGAUUUGACUGAAGCUUGCAAAUUAUGGGAUAAAAUAAUGGUCAACGGUGUAGUGCCAAAUGCAGUUUCAUACAACACCAUGAUUCAUGGACACUGCAAAAGUGGCAAUAUGGAUAUGGCAUCUACCACGUUCUUAGAGAUGCAAGGAAGGGGACUAAAACCUAAUGUACUUUCAUUUACCAUCUUAAUAAAUGGAUACUUUAAACAUGGCGAUCCAUUUCGUGCUCUUGAUGUGUUUCAACAGAUGGAGCAUGCAGGAGUUGCUCCCUCUGAUUUCACAUUUCACAUAGUCAUCGAUGGUUUGUGUAAAGCUGGCCAGACUGUUGAGGCAAGGGACACGUUGAAUAAGUUCAUCGAUGAAGGCUUUGUCCCGAGCUGCAUGGCUUUCAAUAGCAUUAUAGAUGGAUUUGUUGCAGAGGGUGGCAUAAAUUAUGCUUUAUGUGCUUUUAAAGAUAUGCAUGAUUUUGGAGUUACCCCAAAUGUAGCUACUUACACCAGCUUGAUCAGAGGUUCUUGCAAAAGCAAUAAUAUUGAUCUGGCACUUAAGAUGUGGAAUGAGAUGAAGAAGAAAGGUCUUGAACUGGAUAUCACCGCAUAUGGUGCUCUAAUUGAUGGAUUCUGCAAAAUGAAAGACAUGGAAAGGGCACUGGACUUGUAUUCUGAACUUCUAGAAGUUGGUCUAUCUCCUAAUACAGUCAUAUAUAAUUGCCUCAUUAGUGGGUUUAGAGAUCUAAACAACAUGGAGGCAGCACUUCGUUUUCGUAAGAAAAUGGUAGAUGAGGGUAUCCCUUGCGACUUGCGAACCUAUACCACUUUAAUUGACGGACUGUUGAAAGAGGGUAAACUACUCAUGGUAUUGGAUCUUUACUCCGAGUUGCUUACAAAGGGCCUUGUACCUGAUUUGGUGUUGUACCAUGUCCUGAUGAAGGGUCUCUGCAAAAAGGGACAGCUAGAGAAUGCUGGCAAGAUUUUGGAAGAGAUGGAUAGGAAAGGUGUCAGGCCUGAUGUUCUCUUAUACAACACAUUGAUUGCUGGAAACUUCAAGGAAGGCAAUCUUCAAGAGGCUUUUAGGUUGCAUGAUGAAAUGCUUGACAGAGGACUUGUGCCUGAUGAUACUACAUAUGAUAUCCUUGUAAAUGGACAAUUUGAAAGGAACAAUUAUCUGCCUGAAGCUUCAAUGUCAAGUGGUUGAUUUCCUACUGUAUCAUCAGACCCCGGUUCAUCAUUUGAAGAUGGAGUUCAUAGUGUCUUGCAGUGACCUGCAUAUCUGAUACUAAGGUGGAUUGGACUUGGAUCCCAAGUCUAUUCCUAUGCAACUAGAGGCCAAAUGAUCAAGGUCUAAAGAUGAUCUUGAGCAUCAUAAAGUAAAUAUCCAUCAUCUGUUCCAUGCCACAGCACCGAGGGUUGCUUCUGCUUCAAAGAAGUUGAAACCGCUCUGUGACCAUUUGGUCUGCAGUUUGUCCUUAUCUUAUUCAUGAUAAUUUGGUAACGUGAGAAGUCCUCAUCAGUUCUCUCGUGGAAGGAUUAAAAAGUGGUUGUCAAUUCAGUGCUGCCAGCUUUCGCUGAGGAGCCACGUCUCUGUAUGGUCUGGAAGCAUAGAAAUUUACAUCAUUCUUGACAAUGCAUGAUGCAGAAUACAAAUUACUCUGAGUUAUGAGAAUGAUACUUUGGCUGGCAAGUAUAAGUCCUCAAUCUUUGUGAGUCACUUUUUACAAGUUGGUAAAACAAGAUGGAUCAGCAUCAGGUUUUCAGACUUCCUUCCUUGGCGAAUUUAACAUCAGUUACUUUCAAUGCCACCAAAAUUUUGAUCAUGAGUUUGUUGGACCUCCCGGAACAAAUUAUGAUCAAAGCAUGGUGAAGGUCAUUGCCCACGUAUGGAGGUGAUGGUUUUCAGAGCGCUUCAGGGACAGGCCUUGAAAACCUGAGACCGCCUUCUAUGUGGUCCCCAAUUGGUCAGCAACCGGCUCCACAAGACCAUCUCUACUUGUUAGCAGCAUGCUGAGGAGGCGACGGCAACUGUGACAGGAAAGAAGUCGUUGCUAAGUUCCAUUGGGGACGGUUAUAUUAUUGCAUGUAAGAUGGUUUUGGCCAUCACCAUUGAGGAAGGUUAUUAUUGCCUAUAAGAAGUAAUCAUCUUGAUUAGCCGAUCAAACCCCCUAUCCCGAAGAGUUGCUAGAUCCUACUUGCUAUGAGCUUGAUUCGAGCAUCAUUAUAAAUCAGCUUAUAAUGAGAAAAUGUAACAACUACAUGGAUAUUUUGAGGGCUAGAAGCGCACGAGAUUUCAUUUCAUGCA